AGCUGCUCCGUGAGCAAACUCCGGCCCUCGCCCGGAAGAGAGAGGUGGUUUGUUUUGGGCCUGUGGCGGCGGCGGCGGCGGCGGUCAGUUGCUUGUUGUGUCGGGCAGGGCUGGCGUUAAGAGCGGGCAUCUGAGGGCGAAGAGGAGCAGCAGCACUAGCCGCCAUGGGAGUGCCGAAAUUUUACCGUUGGAUCUCGGAGCGGUACCCUUGCCUCAGCCAGGUGGUGAAGGAGCAUCAGAUUCCAGAGUUUGACAACUUGUACCUGGACAUGAAUGGUAUCAUUCAUCAGUGUUCACACCCUAAUGAUGAUGAUGUUCACUUCAGAAUCUCUGAAGACAAGAUCUUUGCUGAUAUAUUUCACUAUUUGGAAGUAUUGUUUCGCAUUAUUAAACCAAGAAAGGUUUUCUUCAUGGCAGUAGAUGGAGUUGCUCCAAGAGCAAAAAUGAACCAGCAGCGUGGCAGACGUUUUAGGUCAGCAAAGGAGGCAGAGGACAAAAUAAAGAAGGCAUUAGAGAAAGGAGAGACUCUUCCGACAGAAGCUAGAUUUGAUUCCAAUUGCAUUACGCCAGGGACUGAAUUCAUGGCCAGGUUGCAUGAACAUCUGAAGUAUUUUGUAAAUAUGAAGAUUUCAACAGACAAAUCCUGGCAAGGCGUAACUGUCUACUUAUCAGGCCAUGAGACACCUGGAGAAGGGGAACAUAAAAUUAUGGAAUUUAUAAGGUCAGAGAAAGCAAAGCCUGACCACGAUCCAAACACAAGGCACUGUCUGUACGGUUUGGAUGCUGACUUGAUUAUGCUUGGACUGACAAGUCAUGAGCCACAUUUUUCCCUUUUAAGAGAAGAGGUCCGGUUUGGUGGCAAAAAGUCACAAAGAGCGUGUGCCCCGGAAGAAACCACUUUUCAUUUACUGCACUUGUCAUUAAUGAGAGAAUAUAUUGACUAUGAAUUCUCACCAGUUAAAGACAAGAUAUCGUUUACAUAUGAAGUUGACAGAAUAAUAGAUGACUGGAUCUUAAUGGGCUUUCUUGUUGGAAAUGAUUUUAUCCCUCAUCUACCUCACUUUCAUAUUAACCAUGAUGCACUGCCACUGCUGUAUAGAACAUACAUGGAUAUUUUGCCUAAACUUGGAGGUUACAUUAAUGAAAGUGGGCACCUCAACUUACCUCGCUUUGAGAAAUACCUUACAAAAUUGUCAGAUUUUGACCGUGAGCAUUUCAGUGAAAUCUUUUUAGAUCUGAAGUGGUUUGAAAGCAAAGUGGGCAAUAAAUAUCUGAAUGAGGCAGCUGGUAUUGCUGCAGAAGAAUCAAGAAUGCAAAAGAAGCGCAAGGCUCAGGAAAAUGCUAUGUGCUUGGCUGCUUUGGAGAAAACUGACAAUGGAACUGUAGCAUCUUUAAAAACUUCGUUAGAAGAUGAGCCAGAAGAUGAUGAUUUGUUUGAGACAGAGUUUAGGCAAUACAAAAGAACAUACUAUAUGACCAAGAUGGGUGUAGAAGUAGUUUCAGAUGCCUUUCUAGCUGACCAGGCAGAAUGUUACGUCCAGGCAAUACAGUGGAUAUUGCACUACUACUACCAUGGGGUUCAGUCAUGGAGCUGGUUCUACCCCUACCAUUAUGCACCUUACCUCUCAGAUAUCUGCAACAUCAGUGAACUGAAAAUCCACUUGGAUUUAGGAAAACCAUUCAUGCCAUUUGAACAGCUUCUUGCAGUACUUCCAGCAGCCAGCAAGGAUUUGCUGCCAAAAUGCUAUCAGCAUUUGAUGACUGGUGAAGAGUCUCCCAUUAUUGAAUAUUAUCCAACUGAAUUUAAAACUGAUCUAAAUGGAAAGCAACAAGAAUGGGAAGCAGUGGUUUUAAUACCAUUUAUUGAUGAGAAACGAUUGUUAGAAGCAAUGGAAUCCUGCAACAAGUUCUUGACAAUAGAAGAAAAGCAAAGAAAUAGGCACAGUGAAUGCCUGAUGUACUUCUAUGAUAAAGACACAGAGUUCCAGUACCUGUCUCCAUGGCCGGAGAAGUUCCCUUCCAUAGAAAGAUGCCAUGCAAAGCAUAAAGCUAUGUCUCUGGACGUCUGGCGUGUAGAUAUAGCCCAAAAUAAAAUAACGAAAUUGGAUAUGGAGAGGCUGUAUUUCUGUGGCUUUCCUACUCUGAAGCACAUUAAUCAUAAGUUCUAUCUGAAAAAAAGUGGGGUACAAGUUUUUCAACAGAGCAGCCAUGGAGAAAACAUGCUACUGGAAAUAAUGGUUUCCAAUGAUUCAGAGGAACUAAAUGCUGAAAAUGUAGCCAGUUUGGUGCUUGGGAAAUCAAUAUUUGUUAACUGGCCUCACUUGGAAGAAGCCAGAGCUGUUGCUGUAUCAGAUGGUGAAACUAAGUUUCAGUUGGAGGAACCUCCUGGAACACAGAAGCUCUAUAUGGGGAAUGCUGCCCCACCAACCAAAGCAACAUUUGUUCGAGAUAAAGAACAGAAUAUCUGGAUGAAAGAAAUCCAAGGAAUUUCAGAACAUUACCAGAGAAGAAAAGGAGUAAUCAUAAAUGAAACAUCUGCAGUUGUUUAUGCUCAAUUGCUAACUGGGCGUAGAUACCAGUUAAAUCAAAGUGGUGAAGUGAAUUUGGAGAAGCAGUGGUCCAAGCAAGUUCUGCCUUUUGCAUACCAAACAAUUGUCAGGGAUAUAAAAGCCUUUGAUUCCCGCUUCUCCAGUCUCAAAACUUUGGAUGACCUGUUCCCUCUGGGAUGUACAGUCUUCAUGCUGGGAUCACCUUAUUAUGGCUGCACAGGAGAAGUUCAGGAUUCAUGUGAUGUUAUCUUGGAAGGCAGAAUUCGUGUUGUUUUCAACAUUCCAUGUGAACCUCAGCUGGAUGCCUUAAUACAGAAUCAGCAUAAAUAUUCUGUGAAGUACAAUCCUGGAUAUGUAUUGGCCAGUCGUCUUGGAGUGAGUGGCUAUCUUGUUUCGAGAUUUACAGGAAGCAUUUUUAUCGGAAGAGGAUCCCGGAGAAAUCCACAUGGAGAGCAUAAAGCAAAUGUGGGGUUGAACUUAAAAUUCAAUAAAAAGAAUGAGGAGGUCCCUGGCUAUACCAAGAAAGUUGGAAACGAGUGGAUGUAUUCCUCAGCUGUAGAGCAACUCCUUGCUGAAUAUCAGGAAAGGACCCCAGAACUUUUUAGUUACCUAGCCAAAAAUGGUCAAGAGGACAUAUUCUACGAAGAUGACAUUUGGCCGGGUGAAGAAGAGAAUGGUGCCGAGAAGGUUCAAGAAAUCAUUGCAUGGCUAAAGGCUCAUCCUGUCAGUGCACUCUCUCGUUCCUCUUGUGAUUUGCAAAUUUUGGAUAUGGCUAUUGUCGAAAAGAUUGAAGAAGAAGUAGAAAAAUGCAAGCAAAGGAAAAGCAAUAAGAAAGUGCGUGUGACGGUGAAACCUCACUUGUUAUUCAGGCCUUUAGAACAACAGCAUGGAAUUAUACCAGAUCGAGAUGCAGACUAUCGACUGUUUGACCGUGUUGUUAAUGUGAGAGAGUGUUUUUCCGUUCCCCUUGGACUUCGUGGCACUGUGAUAGGAAUUAAAGGAGCCAGCAGAGAAUCUGAUGUUCUGUAUGAAGUACUGUUUGAUGAAGAGUUUCAUGGAGGCUUAACAAUAAGGAGCUCGCCUGGCAGAGGGUACCGCAUUCCAGCCAGUGCCUUAAUCAACCUUUCUUAUGGUAAUCGGUCUGAAACAGGAAAUCAGAAGCUAACUGCCAUAGUUAAACCUCAGCCAGCUGUUAGUCCCUACAACUCAUAUUCACCCGAAUCAUUUGCUGUAUCUACACAAAAAGCACAUCAAGGAGGUCUCAACCAUUCUCCUCGCUCCCUCUUUGUUCCAACUCGACAAGUGAAUGGAAGACAGCAUAACAAUCUCAAGGUUGAAACCCAAGGCAAUUCCAAUUCCCUCCAGAAAGGAGCAUAUUUAAGCAGCAAUCAGAAAUACAAAGCUCAAGAUAAGCAAGAUGAUGAAUUUUGCAGCAUAUGGCAAUCAUUGCAGAGCUCUGGAAAGUCUCAGUCUGCCCAACAUGAUAGGCAUGAGAAGGGUGGAAUUUUACCUCAAUACAUAAAGCUAAAUACGGGUGGCCAGUUCUGCAAACCAGGCUUCAAUGAGAGUAGCUUCAAAGGCCAGCAAAGAAAACAGGAAUCUUUCAGGAAGUCUAAAGACGACUCUAAAGGUCCAAGAACUGACAGUCAAACACAUAAAGGAUCAAAUAAACCGAAUUUCGCAGGUGCUAAUAAGUAUAGUGUGAAGCUAUUGAAGAGGAAUGAAGCCCCCAGUGAGCCAGUAGAACCAAAGCCUGCAGUUGACAGUUCCAGUAUAACUGAGAAGAACGGAUCUGAACUUGAAGACAUUUUGGCGUCUUUGAAAAUUUUCAAAGAAAAAGAGGUGCCACGGUCAUAUCCCAAGGAACCAACUAAUGAAGAACACUUGUCUCCACAGUCUUUUGCUAUGAAAGGAACACAGAUGCUCAAAGAAAUUUUGAAGAUAGAUGGUUCUGACACAGCAGAAGCAAAGUCAGUGGCAAAUGAAGUGUCUGCUCCAACUUGCAGGCAGGAUUCUUGUGCGCCUGCCUCACAACAUACCAAUGCCAAAAAAAUGGCUGCUUUCAUGAACAAAUCCCCUGGCACUGCAGGACCUCAGAACACUCAGGGCAUGGAGGUUGGAAGCCACCCACUUCUUGGACCACCAAACUCAUUAUCCACUCCAGUAUCUGAGCUUUCUCGUAUCUGUUCCCUUCUUGGAAUGCUGCAGCCAGAUUUCUCAUUUCUUAGAACACCACAGACAAUGACAGUUUGUCAGGUAAAGCUAUCCAAUGGCUUAUUGGUACACGGACCUCAAUGUCACUCUGAAAAUGAAGCUAAGGAGAAAGCAGCACUUUUUGCUUUGCAGCAAUUGAGCUCUAUUGGGAUGAACUUUCCUCUGCCACCACCGCCUGUAUUUCCAAAUUAUCAACCCAUGGGAGCUCUUGUGCCUCCUGGAUCCAUUCCUCCAGUCUUCACGCAGCACACUGCUAAUUUGUUUCCUUCACCACCUCAUGCGUUUGGCCCAGUGCCAUGGGGAGCACCAGUUCCAGUCCAUGGGAAACCUUACUUUCCUGGUUCCUGUCCUGGGAAUAUGCCUUUUGCAGGCACUGUACCAGCUGGUGCACACAAUCAGUUUAUACCCUUGCAGGUAACUAAGAAAAGGGUUGCCAGCAAGACUAAUGUUGAGCCAAAGGAGUUCCCAGGUUCUCUUCAAAAUGUGCAGUUAAAGAAUGAACAGUCAAGCAUCGACACUACAAAAAUGAACCCACAGGAUGCUUCUUCAGAACAUUUAAGGUCUCAUCAAGCUGCUCCAUCUUUCCAAGAGAAAAUGGCUCCUUCAGGCUCGGUUGCAUCUCGUAAGAAAUCAAUACCAAAUGUGUCUACCAAGCGAAAGCCCAGAAAACUGGCUGUCAAUUUUGGUGCACCCAAAUCUUCAGAAUAAGUAUGGGUCAUGGAUUACUUUACAUUUCUUUAGUGUUAUAAAACCAAUAAACAUUAUUUUAAAAAUGUAAGCAUAAUAAUUUGAAAGGUGUUUUGGACUGUAAAUAUUUUCUGUCAGUCACAAUGAAAACAAUUAUGUUCACUGAAGAGCUUGAUUUAAUGUGAUGUAAAACACAAGAAACUCUUGAGUUAAAGUAACAACCCUGUCCAUCAUGCCUCAGCCUGAAAAGUGGGGUUUGUGUACUGUCCCAGAAGUGGAGCAAUAAUACUGACUUGGCCGUCUUAAUUGAGAAUAGCUUUGUUUAAACCAACAUAUAAAAGUCCUCAACGAAUGCAAAGCAUAAUUCUUGAUGUCUUGUUUUUAACGAUAUAAUAACUUCUAAAAGCAAUUUAUUUAUAUGUAACUGGUAUACUUUAUUUUUAGAUUUUUCAGGUUUUUUGAUCUGAUACAGUGUGCAUAGAUUUUAACUAUUGUGGCAUUGCCAGUUGACUUUAUGUAAGGUUCAUUUCCAGGAGUUAUGCCAAAGCAGCUUAAUAACUUGGACUAUUGUAAUAAACUAUCUUUAACUAAAUGCCACCACAAAUGAGCCACUGACAGAGGAAGCCAGAGCAAACAAAUGCUUCAGGGAUUUGCAGGAGGAGUAGACAAAAUGUUGUGCUUUCCAGAUGUUGCUGGACUCCAGCUUCUAUUAGCCCCAGCCAGCAUGGCCAGUGGUGAGAGAUGAUGGGAGCUGCAGUCUAACAACAUCUGAAGAACACCAUGUUGGUUUCCCCCUUUUUAAAGAAUAAGCAGUACCUCAUCACUGUAGCAAGUUGUAGUUUUGGGAAUGACUCCUGUACGCUUCUCUACUAAUGUGCAGCCUCCACAACAGAUCUGGCUCUGCUUUUUUUAAAGCACUUUCAUUGUUCUGAAAUAGUAUAUACUCCUUGGAUCUGGUAUCACCAAAGCAUGAUUCCUUAAAUAGUACAGUUUCAGAAAUAAUGGUGAAUCUUCCCAAAUAUUCCAAAUUAGUAUAUGUGUAAGCUAGAAAACAACCCAGUCUAAUUCGUAUUCAGACUCAAAUUGUCUUCAUUCUGCUGUGCUGUUUUAGUUCUACUGUGCUGCCUUCCUGUGAUCCACUUGUUCUUCAGCACAAAUUCAUGUUUCAUAAUCUGAGAUAUGUAAAAUACUAGCCUGAAGGAUACUGUUGAUCACUUAUUUUUUAAAUCCCACAAUUUCUUAAAAGAGAAACUAGCUAAGCUGUUGUGGGUCACAUGUUACUCCCCCACCCCCUGCCCUAAAUAACAUAGAUUAACCUCUAUAUAGGAAAAUAAUGUUGCAACAGUGCCCUAGGUGCAAUCUUAGCUCCACUUCUAUGUAUCAUGGAGCUAUUUAAAUCUAAAAUUUCACUGUAUCCAAGGCACACAAAAAACCCAACUUGGUAACACUCUUCAAACUAUAUAGUAUGGAAUUGUUAUUUUUUUUUGUCAUGCAGAUUAAUUUUCAUGUUCUAGUAGUACUGUGCAGCAGUGGGGAACCUUUUGGCUCCACAGGCCAAAUCCUAGUCCAGGAAGCAAAACUUGACAGGUGUCAGUCAUCUGACAUCAGGAGACUGGAUGUUCAGCGCACCACACAGAGCUUGCAAAGAGCCUUGUAUAAUGCUUUAAAGUGCCUGUGGCUUCAACUUCAUGCCCAUCAGCUGUUUUCUGUAAGUAUUGGGGAACUUACUCAUGCAGCUGAUAAGCAGGCUUCAGCUCUUAUCAUCUAUCAGCUAAUGGCACCAGCGAGUUCUACAGAACUCGGCUGCAACAGAUGAUCCACCAGGCUUUGACUUUACUACUGAUGGUUUGUAGAAGUGAAACCUGAUUUUCCUUGCUUGCUUUAAGGCUUCUGGUUGUACAUUGGAGCCACAGGUUCCUCUCCGCUGGGGUUGCAUUCCUUUGUUUUAGGGCAUCAUCGCUUUGCUGCAUGUGAAGUGGUCCUGUUAAAGUGAAAAGUGCUUUCCUCACUGCUUUCCAUUUAAGAGUGAGAAUACAUGCUUAAUGGGACUUAAAGCACUUAAACUCGGGACAGUCCGGCCAUAUUUCCCUUGACAAGGUCUGUCAUACUGUUCUCACUGGUAUAGUUUAAAUUAUUUUCUCAGAUCAUAUUGCCUGGUAACUUGACUUCAGUCUCUAGAGAAUGAAUAAGGUGGACUCCCAUGGAAGAGAGAACUGAUUUCUUUUACUAUCGAGUCUCUUAAACAACAUAAAAUUUUCAUUUGUUUACAUCUUUGGGGUAUAUAUAUAUAUAUAUAUGGUUACCUGACCCUUAAUCCAGGCACUGGAAUUGCUUCUAACAUGCUAAAUUCUGUAAGACUUUUUAUGGACCCUGCUGCCAGCAUAAUAGAAAUAGACACCCUGAAGAUUUAUGUGUAUCUUAGAACCAGCAAAAUUCUGUGUUUGUUGUUACCUAUUGAACAGGGCUUCUUUGUUUUCCAUUCUAAUAAAAAUGCCCAUCAAAUUUUCAUCAGCCUGGUUCCCAUCUAUACUUGUCAUUGUACCUGUUUCACUGUUUUCUAUUCUCUCUGUUAAUCUGCAGGAUUAGUAUCAGUUUCUUUAUAUCCACUGCCCAGUUUUUAGAUACAUAAUCUCUAAAACAUAAAUAAUUGGCUUAUAGAAUUUUUGCUUGUUUUUUUUUAAAAUAAAGUUAUAUGGCUUAUUUCUCUCAAAUGUAUUUUGUAAAUGCUGGAAGUUUUCAUUAAGAUCUUGUACAGAGCAGUAUUUUAUUAAAAUCUGAAAGGGAAGACUUUUUGUGCACAUUUUUAUAGUUUCUUUUUUAAAAAGAACUUUUGUCUAUCUGCCAAAGUGAAAUGUUUAAAACUGGCAUGAUUAAUAUGGAGUGUAUUUUUGUGUAUAGUGUUGUGCAUUUCAGAAUUCUAGCAUGUAGCUGUGCAAAAGUAUUUUUAAAUAUAAAUGUACAAUAUACCCUGAAGGAAUAAACCAUAUGGAUUAAAUACUCUGGAGAACUUUAAUACAAUAAUUUUAUAAAAGACUUGGCCUUGUCUGCUUGGAAUAAAAAUGUAAACUAAA